AUGGGUGAAUUGCUUGAUUUGAUUGGCGCUAUUUUACAAAACUUGCUACUAACGGUGAUUCUCGUUGCAAUCUACAACGGUUUGAUUGAUAUCUCUUUAUUAUUGCAAACCUACUAUUACCGCUCCCGCAAAACACCAAACACUGCUGAAUCUGAUAAUAAAUCUGAAGAAUCUAAUAAUAACUCUGACAAAGAAUUUAUUAAACAUAAUGAUUCAAAUGUAGAAUCACAAAUACCCAUACGUCAAUCAAGAUUUAAACAAUUUUUGAAAGUCUUUGCUGGAUUCUUUGUUAUCUGCUUUAUUGCGGGUCUUGCUUAUAUUAUUUCUUCUCAAACGAAGACAGAAUAUGAUCAAGGUGACGAACUAGAAUUGAAAUUAUUACCGCAAAUUUUCUGA